ACUGCCGACAGAUGUUGAGUGAUCCUGAGUGAUACACUUUAGUGAAUGCCUACGUGACCAUUCAAUCUUUUCUGGCAAGCUCAGUAAAAAUCGCCACUUUGUCAUCAAACGUGACCAUAAUUCUUCGUUGUGCUCUCUUUUUUUAGCUCAAGGAGGGACUUUGUUAAAAUGGCCACAGCUACGCCAGCAACUAGUGUAUCAGCACGUCUUACACAAGUCUUCAAUGAAGAAUUGUCUUGUCCUGUAUGUCUGGAAGAACUCAAAGAACCAAAAUGUCUUCCUAGCUGUGCUCAUAAUGUCUGCAAAGCUUGCCUGGAGAACAUGGCUCGCGCGAAUCCUGAAAUUAUUUGUUGCCCGACGUGUAGGAGAGUUUCUCAAGUUCCUCCCGGAGGUGUAAAUGAUCUUCCAACAAACAAUGUCUUGAUCAAAUUCUUGGAGAUAACUCCAGGCAGACAACAGAGAUUGGAAAUUCAGAAAUCCGUGGACAAUAGCAAGCCCGUGAUCAACGAAAUGGAGAAAAGGAUAAGAAUUCUAGACCGAGCCUUAGACAUCUUAGAAACCGAUUGGAAGAAAGCCAAAGAAGAUAUUAAUUUAACCGCAAACGUCGUGGUAGAGAUGGUUCGAAACCAGGAGAGCAGUCUUUGCGAGGAUAUCGAAGAUUUUUACGGGAAGAAGCACAAGAUGCUACAGAAUCAGCGACAGAAUAUGAGCAGUUUACUGGCAAGUUCUUCCGCUUGUCUUGAGACAGCUGAAGGAAUUCUUCUGAAAGGAGAUGUUGACGAAUUGACUGAGAUGGCAGAUGUUCUCACUCAGCAACUGAAAGAAGUAACUCAGAUGAAUUUUCAAGAUGCUGAAGAGCUUAAACAAAAAUGUAAGGAGCAGCUAGAGUUUUACCCAAACCACGAUCUACAAAUCAACCUUGAAAAACAAUGCAUUGGUGAAGUGCGUAGAAAAAUGAGUGACAGAAUGCCCUCCAGUCUGACUAGUCCCUUAGGUGUCUCUGAUAUCAGCUCUAUCGGCAAGGUUAUGAAGAAAAUUGGACGGAAGGGCUCCAGGAGGGGUAAGUUCAAAAAUCCUGGGGGCGUUGCUUCAAAUACACAUGGGGAACUGGCUGUGGCUGAUUACUUUAACAACAGAGUAGAAGUAUUUGAUGAAACAGGAAAGUUUUUGUUCACAUUUGGCAAAAAAGGAGCUGGCGAGGGUCAAUUUUUGGGUCCAACUGGGAUAGCAUACACAAGAAGUAACAAAAUCCUUGUUAUGGACAGCAGGAAUUUCAGAGUACAAGUGUUUGACAAUAGGGGCCAUUUCCUUGCAACUUUUGGCAGGAGAGGCUUCAAUCAAGGAGAAUUUGGAUGGGCAGAAGGCAUUUCAGUUGACGAAAAUGACAAUGUCAUUGUCACUGAUACAGAGAACAACCGUGUUCAGAUAUUUUUGCUGGAUGGAACAUUUGUUCAUCAAUUUGGUGGGCAUGGCCCUGAGGGCUUUGACACACCAUUAGGCACUGUCUACCACAAGGAUGAAUUCUACACAUCUGAUAAAGGCAACAACUGCGUAAAAGUGUUUGAUUGCAAUGGUGUUUAUGUUCGACAGUUUGGAAGGGUGGGACCUAACACGGGUGAAUUUAGGUGCCCCAGAGGAAUUGCAGUGGACAGAGCAAAUGAUUGCAUUUUGGUCUGUGACAGUGAAAACAACUGUGUCCAUGUAUUUAAACUGGAUGGUACUUAUGUCAUGAACUUUGAAACAAAGAAGACACCUGUUGGAAUUGAUAUACUCAAAGGCAAGAAGGUAGCUGUCUCGUCAUAUUAUGGCCACUGUGUCCAGAUUCUGUCAUACAGAUGAUAAUGAAGUAUUGCCUGUACUUAGGCUGUGAGCUGUACCUGUUUUUGAGCAUAAUCACUUGAGAGAAGCAAAAAACAAUUAGCCCAGGAGAAAAGCACUGAUGUGAUGCUUUUGUCCUGACUUUUCAUGUGGCACCCUCAUUUCUCUCUUCAUGCUAAACAGACUAAGCUUGGAAAGAGGUAAUCCUUAUGAAUUAAUAAUCUUUGUUGAGGCCUCUUCAUUUGAGCCCAGCCACAAGGUUGUUCUAAUUAGCAAGGCAAUUUCUAGCCUGGUAAAGAGAUGAUAUUGUGGCAAAAUUCAACAUCUUGACAGCUAGGCUACAGGUAGCUUCCUUUUCCUAAGAACACAUCACAACUUCUAGAAGAAGGGAAAGACCUGGGAGGCAAAAUCUCUAAACUAAGCUUGCCUGCUUGGUCAGGCUUGUAUGUUGAGGCCCUUAGGUAAAUUCUGCAAAAGUAAUCAAAGAAACAUUUUUGUCAGAUCUUGGCUGUUUGAAGGAUGGUUUGUUCUGUUUAUUUUUAGCAAUUAAGGUGGCUCGUACCGGUUUUCAUCUUUUUGAUGGUUUGUAACUU